AUGUCUUCAGGAGAAACCCCCAAGAAAUGGAUGGAUAAGCCUCCUUACCGACCCGUCGAUCCCAAGGAAUUCGGCGAGGUAAAAUGGCGAGGCCACUGCCAAUGCGGACGUGUCGAGUACCACAUCAACCGCGAGAAACCGCUAAUGGCGAAAUUCUGUCAUUGUCGCGGAUGUCAGGUUCUGCACGGAGCCCCAUUCCAAUGGUGUGCCGUCUUCCACAAAACAGAUCUCACCUUCCCAAAGGGAGCUAAAGAUCUGGUGUUCUACUCUUCCAAAGAGAAGUCCACGGAGUACAUGACUCCCACCAAAGUCGCCUGUGGAUACUGUCGCGCGCCUAUUAUGGAUGAAGGGAAUAAUGUCUGUUUGUUGUUCCCUGAGCUGAUUAAUGUGGAGGGGUCGUAUGAUGAGGAGAAGCAUAGGAAAGAGGCGUUCAUGCCCAAGUGUCAUAUCUUCUACGAGCAGCGGUUGGUGGAUGUUGCGGAUGAUUUGGAGAAAUGGUCCGGCAUGGACGGAGAGAGCGAGAGGAUUGAUAUGUACGGAAAACCGUUGAAAGAGGGUGAGAAGCUGUGA